AUGCACACCUACCGACUGAGUAUUCGAGUGGUCGACCGAAAUUCUGCCCUUCCGGCAAAGAGCUUCGCUGACAUGCAACUCCUCGUUUACACUUACUUCCAACCCGUCCAGUUUCCUCUUUCCGUCUUCACCGUCAACUUCUCCGAGAAACUUCCCGCUGAAACAACUAUUGGGAGAAUUCCAGCGCAAGCCCUCAACUACGCCUACGACAACGUUAACUUCGAGGUUCUCCGAGAACCCGCCUACGCGGAAGCGCCAAUGGUUGCCACACUUAUCGAUGAAGAUGACAACCCUCCGUUUUUCCAACUGGCUGAGUAUAACUCGGACAUUGUACGCGAGGAUGUUGUCAACGAUACCGCUGUCCUGGAAGUAAUGCCGGAUGAUUUGGAUAUUGCACCAGAAAAUCGACGAUACCAGUACUCGAUAAGCGGCCCAGGGGCGGCUAACUUUUACGUCGUCAGCGCAAAAAGCGGUGCAGCUCAAAUUCGAACAACGCGGCCCCUGCGUUACGACACGCUGCCUCAAGGCCGACCCUUCUAUGAGUUCUCCCUGCGCGCUGCGAGCCCUGUGGGCGAUGCGACCACCCUGGUUCGCGUACGCAUUCAAAAUGUCAAUCGUAAUGUACCGUUGCUGAAUCCGAUCCCGCCACUUAUAGUCUUUCGAGACAUUGCGCCCACCAGCGCCUUUGUGCAACUCAGCGCAUCGGAUGCUGACGGAAGUGGCAUGCGGUUCUACUUUUUCGACAAGGCUACGAACAACCUCGUCAGCACACUACCGCCCUUUAGAGUGAACGACACAAGCGGCAACGUCUAUGUAACUACAAGGCCAGAAUUGAAGACCUACUUCUUGCAGGUUGUUGCCGAGGAUGACGGCAGCUGUCCCGGCUGCCCCAUAUCAAACCAACAUCUUCGUAGCGAGCCCAUGACUUUAGAGGUCAAGGUGGUUGAUCGCAAUUCCCAUGCGCCGACCUUCAGUGUUUGUCCACCCAGUAUGAAAAUCAUGGAAUUGGCACCGGCCGGAACAGUGCUAGGCCAGGUCAAUGCCACGGACGAGGACGAUAAGGAGCUCUCAAAAACACUUAUCAAGUACACGCUUAUCGGAAAUACAGUUUUCUCUAUGCCAACCAAAUACCUAAAAAUUGACGUCAAUACUGGUGUGAUCACAAACGUCCUUCCAUUGCUACGGUUAUCGAGCUUCUAUGGAGGCAUACUACCUGAUCAACUCUACUUUACGGUGAAAGCCACGGACUGGGGUGUUCCGGAGUACUGGAACCUCUGCAAUUUUCAGCUUAUCAUCGAGGACAUCAAUCACCACGCCCCCGUCUUCGAUCCCGCAACCUAUGAACUCAUGGUGGAAAGGAACCAUGAUUUUAACAGGGAUACACAAACCAAGAUUGGCCGCGUUGUCGCCGUCGAUUUGGAUCAGCCGGGCACGAAUAAUUCUGAAAUUUUUUAUGCUAUUUCUACACCGGUUUCUCACUUCACAAUAGACAGCAGAACCGGUGAGAUUAUGGUCAGUGGAAUGCUGACUGAGCCCGAGUACAAUUUCACAGUCGUGGCGAACAACUCGGUUGAAUUGUUUGGCCCAAGAACAAAAUGGAACUCAGCCACGGUUAUAGUAAGGACGACCACAAACUCAUCGCUACUACCGCCACAACUGAAGCUCGGCCGUCACCUUUCAACGUUCCCGGAGGAUAAAGUGCAUAUUCUCGUCGCCGAAGUGACAGGUACGCCGGCAGAAGGUGCCGACUAUAGUCUUUCCGUGGAGCAGUUUCCGGGGGCCUUCGAACAGACCGGUUGGUCCAACAGUCCUCCACCCUUCACCAGUGAACUUGUGCAGAGCACGAGUGGCGUAACUUUGCGGCUGCUAUCCGGUUCAAACUUCCUUUACCAGCGUCUUCAUCAAUAUAUCAUACGGAUUCGCGGUUGUCGCAAACCAACGGAUCCCCUACUAGGCGACAUCUGCAAGGAUAUGGUGCUCACCUUCGAACUGGAGGAUGUCAAUAACAUGGUACCGCAAUUUAUUGACCUGUGGCUGUUGAAUCAGAUCUCUAUUCCCGAAAACAGUCCAAAUGGAACGGAGGUGCUCAGGAUGUUCGCCGUGGAUACCGAUACAGUGCCAAACUUUCGUGAAGUCACUUAUUCUCUGAUACCAACGACCGAUUCUCCGAAAUUCACCAUCCAAAAUGGAGUGCUGCGAACUAAUACGGGUGAUCUGGAUCAUGAAACCAAAACGAAUUACGUUGUGCAGAUUUUAGCCCAGGACGGAGCACCAUCUUCGUUUGGAUCUGGGAAGCCAAACUCAGUCUACGCUUUUCAGUGCGCGUCGAUGCCACGCCUCGAGAGCUUCAUGCGAGUUUUCAAGUUCAAGCAGGCUGACCCUAUUGUUUCGCCUGAGUCCGCCUUUGUCAAUCUUGCCCAGUUGCAUGGCGAAACAUGCUCACUCCGGUUCCUUAACGAACUCCGACCGGGAACUGCCAUUGGGUGCUUGGCGGCACAGACGGAAACUUCCCUUACAAUUCACAUCCUGGACGUGAACGAUAACACACCGUACUUUAUAAACACGCCCUACAUUUUUAAUGUCUCCGAGACGGCACCCAUUGGCUACAAGGUCGGGCAGAUAAUGGCCGAAGACAACGACGACACCGCCAUGCUGGUGUACUUGCUGAAAGACAUCAUACUGGACUUUGCAGUCAAUUCGGUCACCGGCGAGAUCACCGUCGCCCGGCGUCUUGAUUACGAUAAUAGAACGAUUUACCUGGUAACUGUCAUCGCCACCAAUGAAGUUGGGACGUCCUAUGCGGUGAUCAAUGUGACUCUUCAAGACGUGAACGAUGAGUACCCACGUUGGCCGUAUCCCAAUCAGACAAUUCCAUUGCCGGAAAACACACAGGCUAACUCGGCGUUUGCUCGUCUUACGGCUCCGGACGCUGAUAUUGGAGAAAAUACCCUGUCAUACUAUUCCUCCUCAUCGGGACAUAAUGACUUCCAAGUGUCCACUAGUGGCGAAGUCAGAGCACUCAAGACUUAUGACUAUGAACGCGACGGUGGUCUCCGCUUCUAUCUGCCUAUCACCGCUACCAAUAUUCAACCAGCCUUUCACUCCAAUGCCUUCUACAGUGCCACUGGAACUCUGACGGUGACGCUGGUUGACGUCAACGACAGACCUCCUACACUAGUUGGCGGCCCGUCCUACGAGGCCGUAGUGCCCGAAUCUGCUCCUGUGGGAGUGGACGUCUUCACUUUUCUCAUCUCUGACCCUGACGUCUCGGACAGGGGUCUUUUCGAGUGUGUCCUCGCCGAGCCAAAUGCCUACUUUAAUGUCACAUUCCUCGAAUCUAUAGAGGCCUGCGGUGUGCGGCCCACGAUUCAGCUGUUACGACAGGGUACACCACCGCCCUCGCAGCUUCUCAAUGUCGUCGUCUACGACAGCAACCGUUUGCACAGUGUACAGGCCACUGUUCGGAUCAACGUGACCGAAGACAAUGUUCUGCCGCCCGAUGUGAGCCCCACGGUGAUCGACCAGCUUUUCGACGGUGCAGUCGGACUUUUAAGGCUCUGCCAUAUCCGGGCGACAAGUCCGGAAUCUCAAGAGACCAGUUUCACCUUCCUGUUGGAUUCCAGAUCCUCGGCGGGUGGCAUGUUUGGCCUGACUUCCGUUAUGCCGGAAUCUGUUCAAUUGAGUCUAAUAGGCCGACUGGACCGGGAAACACUGCAGACGCUCCUGGCUGGACCAGACUCCCCCACGGACAACCCAACGCCUCCCUCACCCACCGACGGUCGGCUACAGUGGCCACUGAUCUUGACUGUCAGUGAUCAGCGCGAGCCUGCUCGCACCGUAACCACUACUCUCACACUGACUGUGCGUACCCAGGGUCCCCUCAUUCCGCCGGCAUCCCUCAGCGGUCUCACUGUACCCAACAAGGCACCUGUGGGCACCGACGUCAAACCUACUGACAUUUCAGCCAAGGACUUAGAUUUUCCGAAUCAGGACACCUCUAUCACCUACUCGAUCGCGCCCGAAGUUACACAAGCGGAGCGCCUCUUUUCACUCUUUAAUGGCCCUUCAGGUAGUUUCACGCUGAAGACUAAGGUCGUUUUGGAUCGAGAUACAGAAAGAACUGCGACUGUGCUCGUGCCCGUCAUUGCUGUCGGCGCGCAGUCCCGAUCAGCGACCUCUACCCUGACAGUUACAAUAACAGACAGUUCGGCACCCAAUCCUGAUUCGCCCGCCACUGGCAAAACAGAGGUCUACAUUCCCGAAGGUGGUAUUCUCUAUCUCAAGUCGGCAUCUCCGCCUGGUCUGAGCACUGUGGUUGCAAGCGUAAGCACAACGGGACAAAGCGGAAGUACGACAAGUACCUUGGAGGUAACGGUGCGGUGGAUGGACGGCACUGCCCUCCUCAAUGGUCUGGUUUUCCAAGUAGCGCACUCCACCGCGGAUUGGUUCGUGACGGCUCCACUGGGCACAAACUCGGAGGUCCCUAGUCCCCGAGAUCGCGUCGUUGCUGUAAUGGCAAAUGACCUUGGUGUUCCCGUGGAGAACAUAACCAUGUUUCCAAUAGAAACUGUGGGUACUUCCUUUAACGUAUUCGUUGGUGUACAUGGAUCACCUUACCAAGUCUCCGGCCGGUGA